CAAUUGUAAUAAUGUGUUUAUAAUAAGUGUUUAUUUUCGUCAGGUUGGUCAUUCUGCGAGCGUCGUCACGGAAAAGUCGCAACUCAUUUUGAAUUCUUCUUUGCGAAUUGCAAAAGACUUUGAACGAUGGCCACCGUGGACGUCCUUCCCAGGAAGGUAGAGAAAACGGAAGAGUUGUCCGAGGAGGAUAAGGAGUUGCAGGAUGAGCUGAAAACUUUAAUAGACAAGAUUGUUGGAGCUGAUCCGCACCUGGUGCAUCCUGCGCUGGAGAUGCUCAAGUUUCUGAUUCGAACCUCUACGACGUCCAUGACUUCCGUUCCGAAACCGCUCAAGUACCUGGCGCCCUACUACGAGACUCUGAAGGAGGCCCACGGGAAGAUGGUGAAUGUGGCCGUGAAGAAGCAGUGCGCGGACAUCAUCUCCGUGCUGGCGAUGUGCCCGAUGGGCGGAACGGAAACCCCAUUGGAAAGUCUCAAGUACUGCAUGCUGGGCACGAUGCAGAACAUCGGCGAUUGGGGCCACGAGUACGUUCAUCACAUCGAGACGCAGAUCGUGGAGCAGCUGCUCCGUUGCCAGAAAUCCGAGGAGAAGCUAGAGAAUCUGAUCGAGGAUUGCGUCCGGUUCGAUUGCGAGCAUCACGGCGAGAUACAGGCGUGCGACUUCCUCAUGGAGAUCGAUCACCUGGAGAAGCUGGAGAAGUAUCUGAACGCCGGCAUCUACCAGCGCGUCUGCAUGUACCUGACCUCGUGCGCCAAGUACGUGGACGAAAUUGAGUGCGAGAAGAUCUACAAACUGAUCGGUGAGCAGUAUUUCAAGUACGAGGAGUACAUUCGGGCCGCGAUCAUCGCCAUCCAUCUGAACAAGAGGAACGUCAUCGAGGACAUCUUCAGAACGAGCAAGGAUGGUGCACUGCUCAGACAGUUAGCGUUUAUAUGCGGAAGACAUCUGCUGAACGUGACGUUGCCCGACGAUCUGGAGGAUCGCGACGAGCUGAUGAACAUCAUGAACAACGGCAACCUUAGUUCCCAAUUCCUGACGUUGGCGCGUGAGUUGGAUAUCAUGGAUCCGAAAUCGCCCGAGGACGUGUACAAGGUGUGGCUGGAACCUACCCCGAUGAGACCAUCGAUUCUCGCCGAAAACAUAGACAGCGCGCGGCAGAAUUUGGCUUCCUCCUUCGUCAACGGUUUCGUGAACGCCGGCUUCGGCAACGACAAACUGGUGUCCGGUGAUUCCGGCAAUCGCUGGAUCUACAGGAACAAGGAGAACGGAAUGUUGAGCGCCACCGCCUCCUUGGGUUUAGUGCAUCUGUGGGACGUCGACGGAGGUUUAACUCCGAUCGACAAGUACCUCUAUUCCAACGAUGAAUUGAUCAAAUCCGGGGCGCUGUUGGCUUUGGGCAUCGUCAAUUGCAGGGUGAGGAACGAGUGCGAUCCGGCACUCGCUUUGCUCGCCGAUUUCAUCUCGGACAAGUCGAGCGCCAUCAGAAAUUCGGCAGUGCUCGGUCUCGGUUUGGCGUACGUCGGGACGGACAGACAGGACGUGACAUCACUGCUCAUCGUCGCCGUAGAGAACGCGACCACCGCUGAAAACUUUGCGACCGCUUGCCUCGCCAUCGGAUUGGUUUGCGCAAACACUUGCAAUGCGGAAGCCUCGAACGCCAUCCUCACGAAGCUGGUGGAUUGGAGGGAGAACGAGCAGAUGAAAUCGACGCACAUGGUCUUGGCCGUUCUCGGUCUCGGUUUCUUGUAUUUGGGAAGGAAGGAUGCGAUCGACGCCACCUGCGAAGCGGUCGAAGUCUUCGAGGAGCCGCACAACGCCAUCUUCAAGAGCCUUUUGCAUCUGUGCGCGUACACAGGUACCGGCGACGUGUUCAUAAUCCAAGAAAUGCUCAGCAACAUCGGCGAUCGCGUCAAUCUGCUUAAAGACGAAGAGUCUAAAUUGGAUGCGUCGUCGAUCAAAAGCGAGAGGAAAAAGAACGAAAUCGAUUCGGGUUUAGCUCAAGCCAUUCCUGUUUUGGGAUUGGGAUGUGUUUCGUUGGGUGAGGAUAUGGGCACGGAGAUGUGCUCGAAGAUCUUGGGAAGCGUCGGGCGUUACGGUGAUCCGGCGGUGCGUCGCGCCGUUCCGCUGGCCAUAGCCAUGAACUCGGUGUCGAAGCCGCAUCUACCAGUGAUCGAGGUGUUGACUAAAUACUCGCACGAUUCGGACGAGAAGGUAGCCUGCAAUGCGAUCUUCGCCUUGGGCAUCGUCGGAGCUGGCACCAACAACGCCAGACUGGCGGCUACACUGCGACAGUUGGCCGUGUACCAUGCGAGGAAUGCGGCCGAACUCUUCAUGGUGCGGAUAUCUCAAGGUCUCACCCAUCUUGGCAAAGGCACUCUCAGUCUGAGUCCCCUGCAUACCGAUCGACUCUUAUUGGAUUACUGCUCAAUUGCUGCGCUUCUGAUUCCUAUGAUAUCGUUGCUGGAUCCGCACGCCUUCAUCUUGGGUCAGCACCAUUACCUGCUGUACUCGCUCGCCGCUGGCAUGACUCCCAGAUGGUUGAUCACCCUCGACGAGAACCUGGAGCACGUCUCCGUGCCCGUCCGGGUCGGUCAAGCGGUCGACGUCGUAGGAAAAGCCGGCACCCCGAAGACGAUCGUCGGCAUUCACACGCACACCACGCCCGUCCUCUUGGCGUGCGGUGAACGUGCGGAAUUGGCCACCGAGCAGUACGAGGCCUUCGGUCCGACCCUCGACGGCAUAUGCGUGCUGCGAAAGAGACCAGACUACAUGGAAACAGAUUAAUCGAAAAGAUUUCAUCGUCA